CAUCUACUUGGAAUUAUGGCGAGCCCCAAGAUACUGGUCCUCGGGGCUACAGGUCCUGCCGGUAUCUGCUUGCUGCGAGAACUACUCCAUCGCAAACACGCUACCAUUGCUUAUGCGAGAAAUCCAUCAAAAUUACCGGAGGAUCUCACUGCUGACCCACUUCUUGAGGUGGUCGAAGGUCAGAUGGACGACACCGACAAGCUGGGCUUCGCAGUUGCCAAGUGCAACUUGGUCCUGUCCCUUUUGGGGCCUGAUUCCAGCCAAGGCCGCAGUCUUCCGCCGUCCCUAUAUCCAAAUUAUUACUCGAGUCUAUUCCUGUUGAUGCGUCAGCAUGGUGUCAGGCGCAUUCUAGCCAUGAACUCCGCGUCGGCAAAGGAUCCUCUAGACUCAUUUUCCCUAGUUGUCUUUCUGCUUACCCUUUUUAUUCGCAUCUUCGCCCCUGCUGCGUAUCAGACCAUGCAAGGCCUCACACGAGUGUUUCACGAGGCGGAUGACCUGGACUGGACCCUCUUCCGCCUGAAUGGGCUUCCGGGAGGUCAUGACAAGGAGAGCUGGAGAAAGGAUCGCGAAGAUGAGCCAACGUAUGCAGGCUAUGUAGGCAAGCCGGGCUACAAGUUGUCCCUGCAGAGAGCCGCGUUGGCAAGGUGGCUUGUGGACUGCGCGGAGAGCGGCGCGCCGGAGUGGAUUCGGAAGAUGCCCGCCGUGAGCAAAUCCAGCAUUGCGAAGGUAAAGGGCGAAUGA